AUGUCCAAACUCUUGUUCGACGAUGUCAUGGCACUGGCCCUGCUGCCAACUACAUCGAACCAUACGACAACGACAGGUAGCAUCGUCAAGCGUUACAUGAGUCUCUACCCAGCUUGGGUACCAGGGUCAGAACUUGUCGGCGGCAAAGGCCGUGGGUCCAAGGCAGAUCCUCGAGCUGCAUACGGAGGGCAUGUUUACUGUCAGGCGCCGCUAGCUGCAAGCCGCGCCGUGAAAGAAGAGGAACCUGAAGGAUCCGGAACGCAGUCCGGGGGUUUUGGGCUUCACGCCAUUCAAGGAGUCUUCUCGGCUGCCGCCAAGUCAGACAGGCCAUUCAUAUAUGAGGUCACUGUUCUAUCGACUAGCAGGACAUUCUGCUCCCGCCUGGUGACUGUGCGCCAACCAAAAGAGACGAGCAAACGCGGCCACUAUGAAGACAACUUCUUAUUGGAGGAUGCCGAAGGGCUUUUGGGUGAUAUCUGCUUCAGUUGCAUAUGCACCUUCAAACGGCCAGAGGAAGCCAGAAUCGUUUCUCAAGAAGAGCCACCGCAGAAACGCUUUGCCGAAAUUCUGUCCACCAAGUCACCCCAGGAUUGGCCGUUCGCACCGGCGGUCGAUGUGGAAGAAAUCAAAGCCAUGUUUCCGGAUGUUGGCCAGACGACGUUUCCCAUCGUUGACAUGCACAAAGUCGACUUGACGGCUUACAAUGAGGGAAAGCCGGUUUCGGAGAGGAAGGAGCUUCUCCUAUAUCGUCUUAAAGGCCCUCUUCCAGCGGACGAUCCCAAUUCGCAUGUGGCUGUCCAUGCGUUCGAGUCCGAUCGCAACGGAUUAUUGAUGAUAGGCAACCAUGUUGGCCUCGGAUGGAGUCUAGGCACCGCAGCCAGCUUAACGUACAAGUUUGUCGUUCAUGUCAAUGUCGAUCAAGCCGUGAUGAAAGACGAUGGCUGGUGGAUUCAGGAGGCAUCAUUUCCCCGGACCGGCCACGGUCGAGGGGCAUUGGUCUGUAAGAUGUGGAGUCCUGAAGGCAUACAUGUCGCCACCGGAUAUCAAGACGGCAUACUUCGAGAGCGGAGAACAGAUGGCGAUAAAAUAAGCCAAAAGCUAUAA